AAAAAUUGAAAAGAGGUGUUUCCAUGUUUCCAAGAAAAAAAGGCAGCAAGUAAAAAUUACCACAGCGGGAUAUCAAGAAUUUUUCGGAACCUGGACCACCAAUCGAAAUUUUCACUUUUUCUCUAGACUUCCCUUUCUUCAUUUACUACUACUAAAUAAUAUUCCAAUUAUACUUCUUCUCUCUUUUCUUAUUUAAUUAAGACAAGUGAGACGAAUAACGAGAAGAUCUAGUGGCCAACAAACAAUUUCUUGAAGGCUGGCUCUUCUCAAGAAAUAUAUAUAUAUUUUUGUUUUUCUGAAUAUUUUCUGAAUAUUUUCUUGUCUAAAAAUGAACAACUUCCACCCAAACCCUGCUACUUUUGCUCUAUCCUCUGCGGCUAAAAUGAUGGUUCCAGACUACGAAAUGUACAAAAUUCACCGCCAAGGUCAACAACUGAAUGGUGUCAAUGGAAGUGAUCAGCAGAAAAAAUUAACCAAGAAGAAAUCAAAAGGAGUCUCGGAGGAUGAUGAUGAGGAUGAGAAGACGAAAUGUAAGGUGGCAACUAUUCGAAUCGAGGAUCAUGAUGAAGAAGUGGAAAAGAAGAAAGUUGAAAGGAAAAAGCGAACUCAAGAGGAUAUGGUGGCUGAUUUUGUCAAGAUUUUGGAGCAAAUGAUGAAUCCACGCCAGGCAGUAACCUCAAUAAUAUCUGCUGGAAUGGGGGUCGCCGCAAUUACAGUAGCCAUCAUCUUUUUCGGAAGUCUACCAGAAAGUGCACAAAAUGCAAAACAACUUGUGGUUGUUCUGGCGGUGUAUGGUAUUCUACAAAUUGUUCUGGCGACUGCAUUCUUCAUCACAUGCAUGCAGACAACGAUUGCCGUCUCGAAGGGAGUUAAGGACGCAUUUCAAAUUGUUGUUGGUCUUCUGGUUGCUUUAAUUUAUGUGGCUGUUACACUCAUAUCGUUGGCUGUUGGAGUCUUUGGUUUCUACAAAACCCUGUGCAUAGUAUCAUUUGUGGAAUACGAGGAUCUCGAAUCACAAUUCUACUGUCCGCCGCCCGUAUUCUACACAUCUUUAACCGUAUUCAUACUUCAUAUCGUUCUUAUUGUCGCCAAAUGUUGCUGUUGUAAAUAAUAAUUACUAUGUUUUUGACCAUCAAUCGACCUCAUAUUAUGUACAUUCAUAAAAUUUUUAAGAGUAAAAGUUUGAAAUUCAUUUGGUGCACAUUGAGAAACUAUCAUGCCCCUCUCUCGCCCGGAAAAUUCCCUCAAAAAUGUCAAAAAAAUCACAAGUCAAAAGCUCGGUUGCUCCCUCCUUCAAAAGGCCUCUAAAUUUGAACUUAA